AUGGAUGGCUACACAAUGGAUGUCAUCGGGGCUCCAUCCCGCAGGAGAAUGCUCGAGACUCGGAGCAACCGCUCAUCCCCACCCGCCAGCCUAAGAUCACACUCCUGGUCUCAGAGAAAUCCCGGGUUCAUGUCCAUCUCCUACAAAAGAACUACCAAGAUGCCAGCAAGCAGGGCGUACACGACCGCGCCAGACAGUCUGGAACUCUCAUCCGCAUUCAAUGGUGACCACAUGUGCAACAACGAGAAGGAACAACUUCAAGGGUUGAAUGACCGAUUCUCCAGUUAUAUCGAUAAAGUCCGGUAUCUGGAAGAACAAAACAACCUGCUGGAGACUGAAAUCCAAGAACUCCGGCAGAAAAAGUUCACGCAGUCGCAACUUAGUGAUGCUUUCGACCAAGAGCUCGGCGAACUCCGCUCCGCGCUCGAGCAACUGCAUAGAGAGAAAGUGCAGAUUAUUAUUGAUGCCGAUAACGUCGAAGACGACAUCCACCGUCUCAAAAACCGCUACGAGGAUGAAGCCCGCUUUAGAGAAAAAAUCGAGAUGUCAAUCCGGGAAAUGAAGAAGGAAAAAGAUGACUCGGAUCUGAUGAAAUUGGAUUUGGAGAACAAAGUUCAGUCCCUCCUGGAUGAGGCAGACUUCCUGCGCAGUAACCACGAACAAGAGGUCAACGACCUCCUCGCGCAGCUCCAAGAGGCUCAAGUCCCGGUAGACAUGCGGGAAUACAGUAAAACGGACAUCACCUCUGCGCUCCGAGAAAUACGCGAGCAGCUGAACGGUCUCUCACCCCAAAACUUUCUUCAGGCGGAAGAGGUGUUCCAGUGUCGCUACGCCAAACUCACGGACGCUGCAGACCAGAAUAAGGACGCGAUCAAAUCUGUCCGCGAUGAGAUCGCAGAUUAUCGCCGGCAGCUGCAGGUGAAGAACGUGGAACUGGAGACUCUCCGCGGCACCAAAGAGUCCCUGGAGAGACAGCUGACUUACAUCGAAGACCGGCAUAACAACGACUUGGGCAGCUACCAGGAGAUGAUUCAUCAGCUGGAGCGGGAGCUGAAGGGCAUGAAGGGUGAGAUGGGUCACCACCUCAGGGAAUACCAGGACCUGCUCAACGUCAAGAUGGCCCUAGACGCUGAGAUCGCAGCCUACAGAAAACUACUGGAGGGGGAGGAGACUCGCUUCAGGCCAUUUGCUGACUUUUUCCCAAGCCCCGCCUUCCCGUACUGUCAGCCAAUGACCUCCUCUAAAGGGAAGAAGGAAGACAAGAAGGCGGACCUGAACGAUGACCUGGCUGCUGUAGUGGAGGAACUCCAGAAGGAGGAGGAGGCCGUGGAGGAAGAGGUGGCUGUCUCCAAGCGACCCAAACUGAGCGCUACUCCCCCUACAGGAGAGGAGGAGGAGGGUGGAGAAGAGGGAGGUGAAGAGGGUGAGGGAGAGGAAGAAGAGUCUGCUAUUGGGGAAACACAACUGAGCAGUACCAAAGCUCAAAAGGCUGGUGCUGAAGAAGAGGAGGAGGAAGAUGAAGUACAGGAGUCAGGAGAGAAAGACAAAAAGAGUGACUCAGAGGGAGAGGAAGGAGAACAGGCAGGUGACAAGAAAGAGGUGAAGGAGGCAGCAGCACCUGAUCAGAAGCAGGAGGAUCAGGUGGAGGAGCUGAGGAGUCCCCCAAAGACUCCUGGCAGCCCCAAAGGGGAGGAGCAGAAGAGUCCUCCCAAGUCUCCUGGCAGCCCCAAAGAGGAGGAGCAGAAGAGUCCCCCCAAGUCUCCAGGCAGCCCAAAAGAGGAGGAGCAGAAGAGUCCUCCCAAGUCUCCUGGCAGCCCCAAAGAGGAGGAGCUGAAGAGUCCCCCCAAGUCUCCAGGCAGCCCAAAAGAGGAGGAGCAGAAGAGUUCUCCCAAGUCUCCUGGCAGCCCCAAAGAGGAGGUGAAGAGUCCCCCCAAGUCUCCAGGCAGCCCAAAAGAGGAGGAGCAGAAGAGUCCCCCCAAGACUCCUGGCAGCCCCAAAGAGGAAGAGCAGAAGAGUCCCCCCAAGACACCUAGCAGCCCCAAAGAGGAGGUGCAGGAGAAGGAGCUGAAGAGUCCCCCUAAGUCUCCUGGCAGCCCCAAAGAGGAGGAGCAGAAGAGUCCCCCCAAGACUGCUGGCAGCCCCAAAGAGGAGGAGCAGAAGAGUCCCCCCAAGACACCUGGUAGCCACAAAGAGGAGGAGCAGAUAAGUCCCCCCAAGACACCUAGCAGCCCCAAAGAGGAGGUGCAGGAGAAGGAGCAGAAGAGUCCUCCCAAGACACCUGGCAGCCCCAAAGAGGAGGAGCAGAUGAGUCCCCCCAAGACACCUAGCAGCCCCAAAGAGGAGGUGCAGGAGAAGGAGUUGAAGAGUCCCGCCAAGACUCCUGGCAGCCCCAAAGAGGAGGAGCUGAAGAGUCCCCCCAAGUCUCCUGGCAGCCCUAAAGAGGAGGUGCAGAAGAGUCCCCCCAAGUCUCCUGGCAGCCCCAAAGAGGAGGAGCAGAAGAGUCCCCCCAAGACUCCUGGCAGCCCCAAAGAGGAGGAGCUGAAGAGUCCCCCCAAGUCUCCUGGCAGCCCCAAAGAGGAGGAGCAGAAGAGUUCUCCUAAGUCUCCUGGUAGCCCCAAAGAGGAGCAGGACAAGGAGCUGAAGAGUCCCCUCAAGGCUCCCGUCAGCCCCAAAGAGGAGGAGCAGAAGAGUCCUCCCAAGUCUCCUGGCAGCCCCAAAGAGGAGGAGCAGAAGAGUCCCCCCAAGUCUCCAGGCAGCCCAAAAGAGGAGGAGCAGAAGAGUUCUCAUAAGUCUCCUGGUAGCCCCAAAGAGGAGCAGGACAAGGAGCUGAAGAGUCCCCUCAAGGCUCCCGUCAGCCCCAAAGAGGAGGAGCAGAAGAGUCCUCCCAAGUCUCCUGGCAGCCCCAAAGAGGAGGAGCAGAAGAGUCCCCCCAAGACUCCUGGCAGCCCCAAAGAGGAAGAGCAGAAGAGUCCCCCUAAGACACCUAGCAGCCCCAAAGAGGAGCAGGACAAGGAGCUGAAGAGUCCUCUCAAGGCUCCCGUCAGCCCCAAAGAGGAGGAGCAGAAGAGUCCUCCCAAGUCUCCUGGCAGCCCCAAAGAGGAGGAGCAGAAGAGUCCCCCCAAGACUCCUGGCAGCCCCAAAGAGGAGGAGCAGAAGAGUCCCCCUAAGACACCUAGCAGCCCCAAAGAGGAGGUGAAGGAGAAGGAGCUGAAGAGUCCCCCUAAGUCUCCUGGCAGCCCCAAAGAGGAGGAGCAGAAGAGUCCCCCCAAGACUCCUGGCAGCCCCAAAAAGGAGGAGCAGAAGAGUCCCCCCAAGACUGCUGGCAGCCCCAAAGAGGAGGAGCAGAUGAGUCCCCCCAAGACACCUAGCAGCCCCAAAGAGGAGGUGCAGGAGAAGGAGUUGAAGAGUCCCCCCAAGACUCCUGGCAGCCCCAAAGAGGAGGAGCUGAAGAGUCCCCCCAAGUCUCCUGGAAGCCCCAAAGAGGAGGUGCAGAAGAGUCCCCCCAAGUCUCCUGGCAGCCCCAAAGAGGAGGAGCAGAAGAGUCCCUCCAAGACUCCUGGCAGCCCCAAAGAGGAGAAGGUCCUCACCCGCACUGAAGAAACCAUCAGCAAUGAAGACCAGGUGGCGGCCAAGCCUGCCAAGAAGAGCAAGCCAGCAGAAGAGGUCAAAGACUCCAAAACCACCGCCAAAAAAGCAGGAAAGACAUCUGCCCCAGCCGCUAAAGAAGUGAAGGAGAAGUAAACUCAGAGCAGGGCGAGAGUAGACAAAGAGUCAAAACCACUAAGACAAGCUCCACAGCAAGAGACUAUAACUGCAUGUAAUGCUGAGGAUGGUGAGGGAGAUUUGGGCAGUGUCAGGGACAGGAGCUAUAUGAGCGCUAAUAUGAAGCCAGAGGCACAUUCAAUUUAGUGAUAAAUCUCAAAGGCGCAAACUCUCCGUCAAGUCCCAAAGGUGCGACUCCCUCAAACGUGUCGGUGACCUCUGGUCUGCUCUGACCCCACUGACCUGCCGGCUGUGCUAUGCUGCAGGCGCUUCCCGCCUUAAUCGCGCCGCAAGCCCGGUGCGCUCAGCUGUGAAACAUACAAACACAAACACAAACACUGCUGUUUACAACUCCAGAGCAAUAUGGAAAACCCAUUGCCUUAAUAAAGCAAUACAGAUCUUCCAAG